GGUGGUCUAGAAUAAGACUUCAUUGUCCCAAACCUAUCCAUCCAACUAUAAAUCCAAGGGAGCUGCAGGGCAAAUCUGUGAGGAACUGAGGAUAGGAACUACAAAUUCAUGGAUCCCAAUCAUGGCGAAGAAUCGAGUGAGCUGUUUCGAGCUCAAGCUCACAUAUAUAAGCAUACAUUCGCUUUUGCAAAUUCAUUAUGUCUAAAAUGUGCUAUUCAACUAGGCAUACCAGACAUAAUUCACAACCAUAAGCAUCCCAUUACUCUUCCUGACUUGGUCACAGCACUUCAACUUCCUCCCGCCAAAACCAGUUAUCUUCACCGGCUCAUGCGCUUGCUAGUGCACUCUGGCUUCUUUGCUACGACGAAAAUUCAUGAAAAUCAGGAAGAGGAGGAAGAAGAAGGGUAUGUUCUCACUCCAUCUUCUAAGCUGCUCCUCAAAGACGAACUCACCAGCUUGUCUACGUUUGUGCAAGCCAUUGUUGAUCCACUUUUACUCUCUCCAUGGCAAGUAUUGGGAGAUUGGUUUAGAGGCAAUGAACUCACAGCAUUUGAAACUGCGCAUGGAGCUAGCUUAUGGGACUCUGUGGACAAAAACCCUCAACUUAACAAGCUUUUAAACGACACAAUGGAGAGUGAUUCGGGAUCAAUGAGAUUGGCUCUUAGAAGCUGCAAGGAAAUAUUUGGGGAUUUGGGUUCUUUGGUUGAUGUAGGGGGUGGCACAGGAACCAUUUCUCGGAUCAUUUUGGAGGCAUUCCCUCAUAUAAAAUGCACAGUGCUUGACCUCCCACAUGUCGUCGCCAACUUGCCGGAAAGUGAGAACUUGAAGGUUGUUGCAGGAGAUAUGUUCCUGUCUAUCCCUCCUGCCGACGGCAUUCUGAUUAAGAGUGUUCUGCAUAAUUGGGGAGAUGAGGAUUGUGUGAAGAUACUGAAGAAAUGCAGGGAAGCUAUUCCAAGCAAAGAUGACGGUGGAAAAGUGAUCAUCAUAGACACAGUCAUAAAUGGCGAAAGAGAUGAGCAUGGCAUGACUGAAUUAAAGCUUGUGUUUGACAUAUUUAUGAUGGUUUUGGUUAAUGGAAGACAGAGGAAUGAGAAAGAAUGGGAAACACUCUUCUUGGAGGCUGGUUUUAGUAGCUACAAGAUAACACCCAUCUUUGGUAUAAGGUCCCUUAUUGAGGUCUAUCCUUAAAAGAGAGAUUUAACUGUGCAUUGUGAGCCUUAUAUGUUGUAAACUUUGUUAUGAACAAUAAUAAUGCUUUACAUUUUACAUUUCACCAAAAAAAAAACAAAAAAACAAAAAAAUUAAAUAAAAAAUAGAAUGCUGUAGCUUGAAAAAAUGUAUUGAAGUGUCCACUCUUCAAUUAUGUAUUUUAAUAAAAACUUGUUAGCAUA